GGGAGAGGCCCGGGSCGGGCUACGCCCCCUCAGCGCCCCGCGCCCGCGCCCGCGGCGCCUGCUGGGAGCCGUAGUCUUCGCUCUGCGUGCUGCGUCCGCCGAGGGGAGGGCGGAGCUGCCGGCGGCCCGGGCGGGCUGGCAGCUAGAGUGGGUGCGAUCGCCGCCUCCGCCGCCGCCUCCUCCGCCCGGGCCGUUCGCUGCUGCGCGGGGAGAGCGAGGCGGGGCCGCCGGGGCCGCCAUGGAGCCCGACUCGGUGAUUGAGGACAAGACCAUCGAGCUCAUGUGUUCUGUGCCAAGGUCUUUGUGGCUAGGCUGCGCCAACCUGGUAGAGAGCAUGUGCGCACUGAGUUGCCUGCAGAGCAUGCCCAGUGUCAGAUGUCUCCAGAACACUUCAGUUAUGGAAGAUCAAAAUGAAGAUGAGUCCCCAAAGAAAAAUACUCUUUGGCAGAUAAGUAAUGGAACAUCAUCUGUGAUUGUCUCCAGAAAGAGGCCAUCGGAAGGAAACUAUCAAAAGGAAAAGGACUUGUGUAUUAAGUAUUUUGACCAGUGGUCUGAGUCGGAUCAAGUGGAGUUCGUGGAGCAUCUGAUUUCACGAAUGUGUCACUAUCAGCAUGGACAUAUUAACUCCUACCUGAAGCCCAUGUUGCAGCGGGACUUCAUUACUGCGUUGCCAGAGCAAGGCUUAGAUCACAUAGCAGAAAACAUUCUUUCCUACCUGGAUGCCAGGUCUCUGUGUGCAGCAGAGCUGGUCUGUAAAGAAUGGCAGCGAGUGAUCUCAGAAGGAAUGCUCUGGAAGAAGCUGAUUGAGCGAAUGGUACGCACGGACCCUCUGUGGAAGGGACUUUCAGAAAGAAGAGGGUGGGAUCAGUACCUGUUUAAAAACAGACCCACAGAUGGCCCUCCCAAUUCAUUCUACAGAUCAUUAUACCCAAAGAUUAUCCAGGAUAUAGAGACUAUAGAAUCCAACUGGCGGUGUGGACGACACAACUUGCAGAGGAUUCAGUGCCGCUCUGAAAACAGUAAAGGUGUCUACUGUUUACAGUAUGAUGAUGAGAAAAUCAUCAGUGGCCUACGAGAUAAUUCUAUUAAGAUUUGGGAUAAAACCAGCCUGGAAUGUUUGAAAGUGUUAACAGGACACACAGGCUCUGUCCUCUGUCUCCAGUAUGACGAGCGUGUCAUUGUAACUGGCUCUUCGGAUUCCACAGUGAGAGUCUGGGACGUGAACACAGGGGAAGUUCUUAACACAUUGAUCCAUCACAAUGAAGCCGUACUGCACUUACGCUUCAGCAAUGGACUGAUGGUGACGUGUUCCAAGGACCGCUCUAUUGCUGUGUGGGACAUGGCUUCUGCCACCGAUAUCACUUUACGCCGUGUCUUGGUUGGCCACCGUGCUGCAGUCAAUGUGGUAGACUUUGAUGAUAAGUACAUCGUGUCUGCCUCCGGUGACAGGACCAUCAAAGUCUGGAGCACGAGCACCUGUGAGUUCGUCCGGACUCUGAAUGGGCACAAGCGAGGCAUCGCCUGUCUGCAGUACAGGGAUCGGCUGGUUGUCAGUGGAUCAUCAGAUAACACCAUUAGGCUGUGGGAUAUCGAAUGUGGCGCCUGUUUGAGAGUCCUGGAGGGACACGAAGAACUGGUGCGAUGUAUUCGGUUCGAUAACAAGAGGAUUGUCAGUGGCGCCUACGAUGGGAAAAUUAAAGUUUGGGACUUGCAAGCUGCUCUUGACCCUCGAGCCCCGGCAAGCACCUUGUGUCUGCGCACAUUGGUGGAACAUUCUGGACGUGUUUUUCGGCUACAGUUUGAUGAGUUUCAAAUCAUCAGUAGCUCCCACGAUGACACUAUUUUGAUUUGGGAUUUCUUAAACGUGCCUCCCAGUGCCCAGAAUGAGACCCGUUCUCCCUCCAGAACCUACACAUACAUCUCCAGAUAACAGUCUGCACCUUUACCCAUUUCAGGGUUUCCUAGUCUUGAACUACUGGCUACAUGGCUACCAGAUGCCUAAGGGAGUUCGUUCACAGUGGCACGAGGCUGGAAGUGGUUCUAGACGCUGGGUAGAUGCAAAGCAGCCUCACUCUCCAAGUCCGACAUUUCCCACCUCCGGUUCCGGCUCUGCUUUGAGAAGGAGUCCUUCACUUCACCAACUUCCAGUAGAACAGAAGCCCAUUCCCUAUCCCCAUCAGUGAAAAAAACCUACUGCUUCAAAUGUAAAUUGUUCAUAUAAGAGGAACAUGCAGUCUGUUUUCCAGAAGUAAAUCGACCGUCAAGAGAAGACUUGGCUCUAAUUUAUAUGCUUUGCACUUUGGUCUGAUAUUAAGAAACAACAUUCUUCAGUGAAGUUUUGGGUGCCAAACACCUACCCAGAAGGUCCAGGGCUUUCCUUUUCAGAAGUUUGCGUUCUCCUUGUGACUGGCCAAGUCAUGAAUUCUGACUUGUAUUARGGACAAUGUUGGACAAUGGAAAAAUCUCUCUGGAUUGUUUUGGUCAUAUGUUUUGGAUUAUACUUCCUUUCUGUACCAGUUUCUUUUAAUUUAAAGAACUGCUAAGCCAGUUAUAUUAUCUCGCCACAGGUAAUAUAGCUCUUUUCUUUGAUUAACUGUUCUGUCCCCAGCAUCUCCUGAUAUCUGGUAGAGUGACGCCUUCRUCCAUGUGCUUGCCUCCUAAUUUAAGAYGCCGUAUCCGCAUGUAGAUAUGAUGUAUAUAACAAUUUCACCUCGAGGUCGCUGGAGCUGGCCCUGCACCRGGACACUAAGCAGGGUGCCCGYUGCAUACGGCUGGCUUGGGAGCCCGAGGCCAGGGUUGUGAGGGUGCCUGGACCUUCCUGCAGUAUUCAUGCGCUGUUCUCAUCCGACACUGUCCUGGUGUGUGUGGGGUGUGUGUUUUUAAAUGGGAACUUGUUUUAAAAUGUAACUUCUAAAGUUGAACACAGAUGUUUUAUUUGUUGUGCAGUAUAUGCAAUAGAGAGGUACCUUACAACUUGUCGUCAUCGUUGUUCUUUUCCUUAUGAGUGCUCCUGAGUCCUCGUGGUCACGUCCCAUAGUGUUCAUUUGGCUUCACUGUCAGCACCGUCCUUCUGUGCGAUAGCAACCCUGAGAAAGAAAGAACAAGAUGCUCCGUGGACUGGGUCUCCUGGCUCCAGAGUUCACGCCACCUGGCCCCGCCAGGGCGUCGAGGGCCUGUGGCACGCUGCAGCCUGCAGAGCAGGCAGGCUGGUCCAGAGGCCCCCCCUUGAGGGCAGGGCACCCCAGAGCGACABGCAGCCUGAGGYCUGUGAGGGCCCUGAGCCCACUGAGAGAACGGCACUGUCACUCUGAGCACAGGGAGUGGACAUUGGCAUCCCGGUACCCUCUUCCCUCCUCGAUAGUAGGUCUUGAUUUGCCCCUUGCCAUUUAUUUCCAAAGAUCAAGGAAUGUCCAUACCACUUGAAAGGACCAAUAAGCCACUUCUGUGAGUGCAGCCUCUUCCCGGGAAGCACACCCUCCUCCCGAGAGAGGGCCCUGGGCUCUGGCCUUGCGUGGAGAACGGUGUGGGAUCAAUGUGUCUGUGAUUCGCUUAUCGGGUUGGAUUUGCUUUUUAGUUUCGCUUUUUCCUUUUUUAUAUUUUUAAUAUAUCCUUCCCACAUUUUACUAAAUUAAUUUGUUUUUGAGAAGUUGAGUCUUAAAGUGUGAAAAAGAACCCUCCCUUCAUGAGGUGGGUGCCGUGAGCUUGGCAGUGAGGGCAGGUUCACCCUGGGCCCCUCUCGCCUCCCAGCCGUGKGGUCUGACUGGCUGGGGAAGCCCGGGAGGGGGAGGCACAUUUUCUGAAUGAAUGGAUWUUUUUUUGUUUUUGUUUUUGCAUGUUUAAUAUAGAAGUUCCUCUCAUUCCUUGGGAAAUCAUGGCCUUUGAAUAUGCACACAACCUUUGAACUGUGCCUACUAAAUUAUAGCAGGGGACUUUGGCACCCAAGGAGUCCUGGCUCUGGGGUUACUGCAGUAACCCCAGCUGUACUCUGGACUUUAUUUUGCUAACAUAAUUGAGCAACUGUAAAUUACUGCUAUAUUAAUGUUUUAAARCACUGGGAUAGUCUAAUUCUAACUUGUAAUUAAUUAUGUUUGCCAAUUAUCUGUUGGAAAUAAAUUUGUGUCUGAACAGCUAUUGAAACAAAUUGUACAGAUAUUAUUCAUGACAGCUUUGUACUGUGGAAUGUGCUUAAUAAAAAACAAAGAGUUUGACCUCUGUCCAAUAAAUUGCUAAGUAAUGUCAAUAAAUCGAGUAUGAGUAUUCUGCAGUCCACCUAAUCUGGCUUCAUGCGAUUGUUACUUCAGCUACUAAUUGAAAGCCAAUACAAUAAUAAAGUGUUGCAA